UGAGUCAGCUUUGUCUCUCGUUCUCUCCCUCCCGCGGAAGCCCCGUCAGGCCGUAUGGGUGCGGUGGGAAGCGCGUCCUCCAGCCGCCAGCCAGGCUUCCCAGGACUGCGGCCCAGCGCGACCCUCCCCAGCAGCUCCACGGCUCUCGGUUGCUGGUCGACAGAAGCUGUGAGAGCUAAAAUCUGAAGUAAUUCCAGAAUCCUCCGGUUACCACAUACAUGCAGCGAUCACCUGUGUCAUCUCCUGCUCACCUGGCCAUUCAGCAAAAGUAGCAGGGACUUGGUCACCGAGGGACUAUGGACCAAAACAAUUACACUUCUCUACACAGUUUUGUUCUGCUUGGUUUCUCUGACCAUCCCAAACUGGAGAUGGUCCUAUCAGGAGUUGUGACUAUCUUCUACUUCAUUACAUGGGUGGGUAACACAGCCAUCAUCCUUGCAUCUCUGCUGGAUCCCCAUCUUCAAACUCCAAUGUAUUUUUUCCUUAGGAAUUUAUCUUUCCUGGAUCUGUGCUUCACAACUAGCAUCGUUCCUCAAAUGCUGGUUAACUUGUGGGGACCUCACAAGACCAUCAGCUAUGUGGGCUGUGUCACUCAACUCUAUGUUUAUAUGUGGUUGGGGUCCUCUGAGUGUCUCCUCCUCGCUGUUAUGUCCUAUGAUCGUUUCAUAGCUAUCUGUAAGCCCUUGCAUUACUUGGUAAUCAUGAAUCCACAUUUCUGUCUCAAGAUGGUAAUCACAGUCUGGAGCAUUAGUUUGGCCAACUCUGUAGUCUUAUGUACACUCACCCUGAAUUUACCUCGAUGUGGAAACAAUCUUCUGGAUCAUUUCUUGUGUGAGUUGCCAGCUAUGGUCAAAAUAGCUUGUAUAGACACCACAACAGUUGAAAUGUCUGUUUUUGCUUUAGGCAUUGUCAUUGUCCUUACACCCCUCAGCCUUAUUCUUAUAUCCUAUGGCUACAUUGCCAAAGCUGUGCUCACAAUAAAGUCAAAAGCAAGCCAACAGAAAGCAAUUAAUACCUGUGGAUCUCAUCUCACUGUUGUGUCCAUCUUCUAUGGAACUAUUAUCUACAUGUACUUACAGCCAGGUAACAGUGCCUCCCAAGACCAGGGCAAGUUCCUCACCCUUUUUUACACAAUCAUCACUCCAAGUCUCAACCCUCUUGUUUAUACCCUGCGGAAUAAGGACAUGAAGAAUGCACUGAGGAAACUCGUGAGAGUUGACAUGAAUCUACAAAAUUGAAGAGGAACCAGAUUCAUGGCAAAAUAUUGCCCUGGAUAAGGCAAUGAAAUAUAUUUUCUAAUUGUCUUUAUUUUU